AUGGAGGGGGGCGGCGAAAGGGACGUCUCCUCAAGGCGUCGCCCCCUCUUGAGGGGCACCCAUAGGAAAAGGAUGCAACGCACCACUCAUCACAACGGCAGUGAUGGGAACUCCAGUGAGGGACACCCCACUGACUCCCCCCCAAGUUGCAAAAGCAGAAAUGGUGACCAAGCCAAAACGGAAGCCAACCGAACGAAGGUCCUAUCGUUGAAAAGUCUGUACAGCAGGCUACACAGAACGAGUGAGCUCAUGCUGAAGGGGGAGGACAAACCAGACCAGGUGUGUGAGAAGGAUGCACAUAUGACCGGUGAGGACUAUGCGGAGGUCUCUACUCCCAAUCGGAAACUGGAUCUCCCCUCCAGCCGCAGGGGGAUGCAACAAAGAGGGCGCACCAGGAAAAUACACGAUGUGAAGGGGACCCUGGGGAAUGUAAACGAUAUUAGAAAAUAUUUUACGCAGGAGGACAGACGGAGCACUUCGGCAAGGGAGGGGUCUAAUGGGGCGUCUUUCCAGGCGAGCAGCGAUUCCGAUGUGGGCGCCCAAAGAAAGACCCGUUUGGGAGAGAAGACCAGCAGGAAUGGCUCCACAAGGGGGCGCGUCGUAAACAAGCCUGGUCAGCAAAUAGACGCUCUUAGUGACCAAUUCCAUCACCCGCCAAUAACCAACUACAACGAUCAGUCGAUUAGUCGUGUUUUGAAAGGGGACCCACUGCAGGGUAUCCCAAGAAAAGACGUAGAUGAGGAGGAACCCAGUGGAAGUAUCCCCAGAAGCGGCCUCUGCAGGGGGACCUUCAAAAGGGAGAGUAACAAAGAAAGAAUAAAGAAUCCCUUGGAUGGACACAAUGGUCAGAAGAAGGAUGACUCGAUGGACAGUCUGUCGCCACACUGGAGGGUGCGUAGAAUCGGAGGGAUCAUCAACACGGAAGAGGAUGACGCCAAGUCGGAGGAAAAAUACGAACAACGUGACACUUCCCCCAUGCGUCAACCCAAAGGAACAAAGUAUAAUAGCAUAAAGGAGGAAGAAAAAAAUACAAAGCUUAGAAACUUAAGUCUGGAAGACAUAAAGAACAGUCUCCGAAAAAACGAACCAGAUACGUUAAAGAUUUUACUAUGCACCGACAACCACUUAGGCUACAAGGAAAACAAUGCCGUGCAAAGGAAGGACACGUUCAACUCGUUUGAAGAAAUCCUUUUCGUGGCGAAAAAAUUAAAUGUGGAUCUGAUUCUUAAUAGCGGGGAUCUGUUUCACAAGAAUAAAGUUUCUGAGUAUACACUGUUUAAGUCCAUGGGGAUUAUUAGGAGGUACUGUCACGUGAGUGGUUAUGGGGAUUCCCAAGGGGGGACUGAAUCGGUAGAAGCUUCCCCAACGAGGGGAACACAUCCAAGAAAAGCACUCCUGAAAAAGGUGAACAGUUGCGAUUAUGAAUGGUACGGGGGGGAUGAGAAACUCGAUCUGAGUGAGCAGAACAGCCAUAGUGAGGGAAGCACCCGAAGUGAUAUACGCAGCCACAGUGAAGGAAGUACCCUCGGGGAGAGACAGCACCCCUGUGAUGAAGUACGCAUGUGCUCCGUGAAGGAGAAAGUCGAAACGGCUAUCCCGUUCUUUACGAUACACGGAAAUCACGACUACCCCUACAGCUGCGAUUAUAUUAGCCCGUUGGAUAUACUGCACGUUGGUAAGCUGAUCAACUACAUUGGGAAAAGCAGCCUCAAUAAAAUCGUAGUAAAGCCAGUACUGCUAAACAAGGAGGAGACGAAAAUAGCCAUUUAUGCCAUCGGGUGGAUCAAGGAUGAACGUCUACACAGAGCAUUCGAAGAGAAGAAAGUGAAGUUCAUGCUCCCAAGUGACUACACCAGUAGGAUAAACAUCCUCGUGUUACAUCAGAAUAGACACAUGAGAUGUGCAUAUGGAAAUGACUUAAAAAAUUUUAUUAAAGAAUCCUUCAUCCCUAGUUUUGUAGAUUUAGUCAUAUGGGGACAUGAACAUUUUUCCAAACCCUACUUGGAGGAAAGUUCCUUCCAAUCUUUUUUCUCCUUGCAGUUGGGUUCGUCUGUACGGACAUCUCUUUGUGCAAAUGAGUACGGAGAUAAAUACAUCGGGUUGCUGGAAAUUAGGAAGGAACGAUUUCGGUUUUUGAAAAUCCAACUGGAAAGCGUCAGACCCUUCGAACUGAAGGAUAUCAGAUUAGCCAAUUAUAACCUAAAUUUUAACGAGGAGUCCGUGCUGAAGCAGUUUUUAAACGAACAGGUUAAUGCCAUUCUGGAGACACUUCAACUGAGUUUCCGUGAGCAGGUGAAGCGCUACUACCUGUUCAGGCGGGCCUUCCUACGCGGGGAACACAACAUUGCAACAAACAACAUUGCAACAAACAACAUUGCAAUAAAGGAGGAGCUUCGUUGCCAACUGUUCGAAAAACACCCCACCCUGCCGAGCGACGUCUUGACCAAACGGGAACUCCUGGAUGAGUACUUCGACUCGGUCAUCUCCGACCAGGACGUGACCCACUUCCUAAACAACCUACAGGACGAAGAGUUCUACUCCACCACCUUCAUCCACGUCGCCUUCUCCACCCCAAAUGACACAUUCGAUCUGUUGAAAAUAAAAAAAGGAGUCUACGAGAGACCACUAAUCAAAUUAAAGGUAGAGUAUGACGACAUUAACAUUAUAAAUACGCAGCUGUUCGGUUCGACUUUUGCCAACCGGGUAGGGAACCCAUCCGAGUUCCUCACGUUUUACAGAAAAAAGGGAAAAACAACAAGCGGAGGGACUAAGGAGGGUCAGCCCACCAACACCAGUGAUACCACCACCAUGGGGAAUGAACCUACCAACAUGGAAAACAUAAAUGAAUACAACAAGGUCUUCGAUAUCCUUUUCCAUUACUGCCAACUGAAGGACAAGCUAUGCAUCUUAAACGAAAAGACCAUUAGGGAAACGAUACUUAACUUCAUUAGCAAUUCUAACUCUUCUUUUAAUUCUGAGACGACUGGCACGUCUGACUACUGCAGUAUCAUCUCCAUGGUCAAUGAUUCGACGCGUAGGAAAGUGGACCUCCUCGAGGGGAACCUUCGGGAUGUCCCUGUGGAGAGCCUAACGGAGGAGUACCUCGCGGAAGUGCUUAAGAAUCUUGCCGGGGAGUGA